AUGGGUCCUAAACGAACAGAUAAAGUGAAUAGUGUCAAAGGUUCCAUUUCUGUUAUCGCACCUACACCUUCAACGCAAGGUGAAAUAGGUUCGUAUUCUGAUCAACAUAAUGCAAAUGCUAUUUUGUUUAUGCACUUACAUGACUCAAUUAGAUUUGAAGUGUUUCUGAAUAAAGUUAACUUGUCUUCUUUAGAAAAUCAGCAAUAUGUAGGACGGUUUGCUCAAGAUUUGAGUCUUUGCUGUCGUGAGACUGGUUAUGUCAUCGAUGUUCCCGUACAAAUUCGACCAAUUAUUCUUUUACCGCCCCCAACGAUGUCAACCACAGAUGAAGCUCCAUCGAAAAAAGAUGCAGGAAAAAAAUUAGCAAUAGCGCGAGCACCGUCCGCCAGUCAAAGUGUAAUAACACAAGAGGAAUCAAGAUCGCUUAGUCAUGGAACAGGAGAAAAGAGUGCCACUGUUUACAAAUUCUUGCACAUUGUGAAUGACAGUGAAUAUUUUCGACCAAAAUUGCUUGUGGAUUCUGAUAAUGAUUUACCAGAUGUGAUCACAACACUUUAUAUGAGAGCGUGGCAACUUGACUUAAAAUUUUUGGAAAUUCUGAAAAAAGUUGUUUCACUUCAAGACCAAUUACACACUCUGAAAAGUCUUUCAUUGGACGGUAAUCCGGUUGGUUUGUCUGAACAAUAUCAUAUUUUAAUCGACAAAGAAGAAUCCAAACUUCUUCAUUUAUCCCUACGUUUUUGUUCAAUAACAGAUGUUGGUGCUGAAUUAUUGGCAAAAAGUUUAGGAAAUAUGAUCACUCAAAAUUGGAAAUUACUUACUUUAAAUUUAAGUGGAAACAGAAUAACAGAUAAAGGAGCUAAAGCUUUUGCUAAAGCAUUACGUUUUAAUCGUACAUUGAUAUGUUUAAAUUUAUCAAGUAAUUUUAUAUGUGAUAAAGGUGCAAUCGCUAUGGCAAUCGUUUUAAGACGAAUUGUCUUAACUUCUGAAGAAAUUUUGUACAGAAGAUAUUUACUAUCAGAACGUUAUGGUGAAUUACAUUCAGAUGAAACAAGAGUAGGAUCAGCAUCACCGACAAAUUCGACAAUUUCUACCCUCAGUACGAGAGGUAAAGCAGCAGCACUACGUGAAGGUCGAAAUGAUUGGAAGCGUCUGAGUGACGUCAAACUAGCAACAUCGAGAAAAACAACCAAAGCAGUAUCGGUACCAAAUGUUUUACAUUUUUCUCUUUAUGAAAACCGAGCUCCAUCCGCUAAAGAUCGAAAAAAGUCUGAUGUUGGUAGUGGAGUGACACAAAAAUCUACACUCGUAGGAAGAGGUUCACUUAAAGUAACACCAAAUACAACAUCGAAAGAAGAUACAAAGGGCAAAAGUAAAAAGUUAUUAGCACAAAAAAAGAUUCACAUGGUGAAAGAAGAAGACGAAGAACAACCGUUAACUGCUGAUGCUGUACCAUCUCAACUGAUGCCUGAAAAAGAAAAUCCACUAUUUGAACAAAACGAAGUCGAUAAUAUCAAUGGAGAUGUAUGGUUAAAUGGGAAUCGGGUCCUAUUGUCAUUGAAUUUAUCAAGAAAUUAUUUAACGAUGAAUAGUGUUAACGAAUUUCUCUCAACUGUACAACAGCAAAACGCGCAUACAUCAAUUGUUGGCUCAUCAAUACACAUGGAAUUUACUGGUUUAUGUAGACUAGAGCUAAAAGGCAUGGCCGAUAUUCAAAAAGAUUUCCCCGAAUAUCAAUCAUUAGAAACACUAUUAUUACGUAAAAAUCCAUCAACUAGAUUUCAACUACAUAAAGAUAAAGAACGUGAAUUGAUUGUACAAUCAGAACAAAUGUCAGCAUUAUCAACUAAAGAUGGUGUACAACCAUCGAGAGUAGCAUCAAGUAUCAAAUCGACAAGUCAACGUCCAACAUCACGUCUAAGAACAGAUGUUUAA